AUGACCAAACCCCUCACUGGAACACUCCCUAGGACAACCCCGCAUGAGACAAGACACCCUACGCGGAACAUCGCCACCAGCGACAACCCCCUAGACAAAUCCCCCUCCGAGGAGGACGCCACCCAAGAACACCCCCCUAGAUGCAAUCCCUCUCGGGACACGCCCUGCAGGCACAACCAACCCCUAAGACAGAACCGUUACCUUCUUGGCGGACAAAACAUCCACCUUGCCCCGGGACUUUUGAUACAUGCGUACGAUCGUCCUCACUACAUGGAUCACCAUCUCUUAUCGAGUUCAACACGCUCCUCACGGACAUCCCCAGACACCCCCAGCCUGAGACAAACCCCCUCCGGACAUAUCACGCCCCCUGACAACACCUCUAACAACAAUCCCCCUUCCGGACACGCCCGACACAGAGACAUCCAUAGGAUAACCGCCCCUAGACAAUCCCUCCGGACAGCUUUGAAACAAACCCCCUUCCGGUGCACGCCCCGCGGCACAACCUCCCUUGACAAACUCCCCCUCCGGUACACGCCCCCAGGACAAGUACCCAGUUACCCACUAAGACACAACCCCCUCCGGGACACUGCCCCCAGGAACACCGGACGACACGCCCCCAGGACAUCCCUAGACAAACCCCCUCCGGACACGCCCCCCGGACAACCCCCUAACCACACCCCCCGGACACAGGGACACCCUCCACCUAGACAAACCCCCACGAGACACGCCCCCGGACAACCCCCUAGCACAACCCCCUCAACACCCCCUCGGACACGCCCCCGCCCCAGCCAAAAACGCCCCCAGGACACGCCCUAG